CUCGUCUCUCGCUCUCUGGUCCACUCUACUGGUAAAAUGUUCCGAGUGAAGCACGAGCUAGCUCCAGGAUGAUUUGUAAAGUUUUAACUAUCGGCGUGUUUCUGCUUUUGCCUCUGGCUACCACUCAGGAAACAACUUUUACACAAAAUGGGCUCAAGAGUGGAAGCGACGUGGUCUCCCCUAAAUUGGAUGAUAAACCUGUCUUCAAGCGGUCUAACUGCGUACAACAACAUGACCCUUAUUCUAUUGCGGUUAAAAAUAUCUGUUUACAACAAAACAAGUGCUCAGCUCGCUACCCACUACAUUUAUGUAAAAGAAUAAUUGAUAAGCCUAAACACGUGAUAAGAUACAUUAAUUAUCCUGCGGGUAGUUCACAAUUUCUUUGUACUUGUAAACAACCUAAAGCGAAGCCAUAUAGAGAAGAAUAUUUGAGAGCUGGUUUGGAUGGAAUUUCAGAGCACGACAAAUUUGACUUGAAAAACAAAUUCCCUUUGGUAAUAAACAGCAAACACGAUUAUACUUCACAAGGAAACACAAAUAUUAAAGAAUCGCCCUCAGGUAAAUGGGGAAAGGGGACAUUUUAUAUUGAUCGAAAUGGAUUUCCUUGGAUUCGACAGCAAAUCCCCGAAACCGAGUAUAAUGAUUAUAGGUUCCAAGGCUACAUACCUCAGAAUAAAUUUCAGGUUGUUUCUGAAACUUACAAAACAGAUAAGGAAGAGAUAAGAAAUGAUUCCCCAAUCCUUAAGGACAAUAUAGAUUUUUCUAAAUUGAAACUAGAACCAUUAGAUUCCCCUACAGUGCCACAGGAUGUGCCAUAUGGCACAGAUAUCACACUCUUACCCAGCAUUGACGAUACUGAAUCCGGAGACACACUCAAUUAUGGAGACGAAAGCUCUCCUAUAAUCAAUCAUUCUGAUCCUGAGAAAGCAAAUAACUUGCGAAAUGAAUCUCCUCCAGGCAACCAGUUUGAUACAAAGGGGCUUAUAAAUAUAUACGGUAAUAGUUAUGAGAUUCCAAGCAAACAUUCUGAAACUGAAGACAAAACGAUCAUAUUUGGAUAUGGAAACACCAAUGUACCUCCGAAAUAUACUGAAAAUAAUCCAUUAAUAAAUGAUCCUGGUAAAAUACUACCAUACGACCCUCCGCUUGCUGAAAAUAUGCAAGUAUAUGGCUAUGGAGUUGACACUCCUUUAACUAGCAAUCCUGAUAUAGAAGAAUAUUUAGAAAUAUUUGGUUACGGACAAUCAAAUAGAACGCCCAAAUACCCUGGAAAGAGUUCCUCAGAGAGCGACAAAAUAAUUUCACAACACAAAGGUCAUGAUACUAGUAAUAAUAAGAAAGACGGCGGGCGUACAGAUAAAUCUCCUUUUGCAAGCCACCAUAAUAUAGGUGAAUCCACGGAUUCCUUGAAAUUACUUGGUUAUGACAACACAAAUAAAAUGCCUCCAUACACCAUCAAUAAAGAUACAUCAAUAUACGAUCCAUAUGGAUACAAAACCGAACCUAAUACUAACGUAAAAGAUACGUUGAACAUUGACGGGUAUUCAACGCAAUAUGAUUCCCCUACUACAACGACACAGCUGCAGCCGGGGAGCGUCUAUCCAUUGAUAUAUGGGAGUCAAGAGGUUUAUGAUUCUAGAAUAGAAACCCCUCAGUCGCAUGGAAGCACACAAAACUUGCCAGGCACACGUCAGUUAGUUGCAGAAACAUAUCCUGAUCCAUAUGGGUAUGUAACUCAAUCUGAUUCUUACGUUACGGAUAUGCCAAAUGUGGACGGAUAUUCAUUGCGACCUGGAUUACCUGCUACAACGAAACAACAACCAGGGAGUGUUUACACAUCGAAACACGUUGCUCGAGUGGUUGAUUCUGGAGUAGGAACACCUCAGUCACAAGAAAGCACACAGAAGUUACCUGAUAUAACUCAGUUAAUUGCAUGUAAAUAUUCUAAUUCAUAUGGUUAUGAAACCGAACCUGAUUCACACGUUACAGAUACGCAAAACAAUGACGGGUAUUCACCGCGACCUGGAUUACCUGCUACAACCACACAACUACAACCAGGGAGUAAUUAUCCAUCAAUAUGUGAAACUCAAUUGAUUGGUGAGUCUGGAGUCGGAACGCCUCAAUCGCAUGGAGACACGCAAAAAUUACCUGAUGCACCUCAAUUAGUUGCAGGGAAAUAUCCUGAUGCAUACGGUUAUGAUACCGAUCCUGAUUCGUACAUUACGGAUACACCAAACGUUGACGGUUAUUCAACGCGUCCUGGAUUGCCUACUACAACCACACAACUACAAACUGGGAGUGAUUCUGGAGUAGGAACACCUCAAUCGCAAGAAGGCACACACAAAUUACCUAGUAAAACUCAAUUAAUUACUGGAAAAUUACAUGAUCUAUAUGGUUAUAAAACUGAACCUGAUUCUUACGUUACAGAUACGCAAAAUAAUGACGGAUAUUCAACGCAACCUGGAUUGCCGACUUCUGGAAUAGGGAUGCCUCAACGGCAUGGAAUCUCACAAAACGUACCUGGUGCACCUCAAUUAGUUGCAGGGAAAUAUCCUGAUGCAUACGGUUAUGAAUCCAAUCCUGACCCAUACGUUACCGACCCACCAAAUGUGGACGGUUAUUCAACGCGUCCUGAAUUGCCUACUACAACCACACAACUACACCCUGUGAGUGAUUCUGGAGUCGUAAACGCCUCACUUGCAUGGAAACACACAAAACUUACCUGAUACACCUCAGUUAGUUGCAGGGAAAUAUCCUGAUGCAUACGGUUAUGAUACUGAUCCUGAUUCAUACGUUACAGAUACGCGAGACAAUUAUGGAUAUUCUACGCAACCUGGAUUCCCUACUACUACCAUACAUCAAAAACUACGGAAGAUCUAUACAUCAAUACAUGGUGCUCGAGUGAUUGAUGAUUCUGGAAUGGGAAUGCAUCAAUCGCAUGGAAACAAACAAAACUUACCUGAUGUACCUCAAUUAAUUGCAUGGAAAUAUCCUGACACAUACGGUUAUGAAUCCGAUCCUGAUCCAUACGUUACAGAUACGCAAAACAAUGCCGGAUAUUCAACUCAACCUGGAUUGCCUACUUCUACUACACAACAACAACCAAGCAAUGUCUUCCCAUCGAAACAAGUUGCUCCAGUAGUUGAUUCUAGAGUAGGAACACCUAAAUCACAAGACGGCACACAAAUAUUACCUGGUAAAACUCAUUCAAUUGCAGGAAAAUUACGUGAUCCAUAUGGGUAUGAAACUGAACCUGAUUCUUACGUUACAGAUACGCAAAAUAAUGGCGGAUAUUCAACGCAACCUGGAUUGCCUACUUCUACUACACAGCGACAACCACAGAGUGUCUACCCAUCGAAACAAGCUGCUCGAGUGGUUGAUUCUGGAGUAUUAACACCUCAGUCGCAAGAAAGGACACAAAAACUACCUGGUAUAACUCAAUUACUUGCAAGGAAAUAUCCUGACUCAUACGAUUAUAAAACCGAUCCUGAUUCAUACGUUACGGAUACACCAAACGUGGACGAUUAUUCAACGCGACCUGAGUUGCCUAUUACAACCACACAACUACAACCAGGGAGUAAUUAUCCAUCAAUAUGUGAAACCCAAUUGAUUAGUGAUUCUGGAGUCGGAACGCCUCAAUCACAUGGAAACACACAAAACUUACCUGAUGCACCUCAAUUACUUGCAGGGAAAUAUCCUGAUGCAUACGGCUAUGAAAACGAUCAUGAUUCGUACAUUACGGAUACACCAAACGUUGACGGUUAUUCAACGCGUCCUGGAUUGCCUACUACAACCACACAACUACAAACUGGGAGUGAUUCUGGAGUAGGAACACCUCAAUCGCAAGAAGGCACGCAAAAAUUACCUAUUAAAACUCAAUUAAUUGCUGGAAAAUUACAUUAUAUAUAUGGUUAUAACACUGAACCUGACAGAUAUUCAACCCAACCUGGAUUGCCUACUUCUGGGGUGGGAAUGCCUCAAUCGCAUGGAAACUCAAAAAACGUACUUGAUGUACCUCAAUUAGUUGCAGGGAAAUAUCCUGAUGCAUACGGUUAUGAAUCCGAUCCUGAUCCAUACGUUACAGAUACGCAAAAUAAUGAUGGAUACUCAACUCAACCUGGAUUGCCUACUUCUACUACACAACAAAGACCAGGCAAUGGCUACACAUCGAAACAAGUUGCUCCAGUAGUUGAUUCUGGAGUAGGAACACCUCAAUCGCAAGACGGCACACAAAUAUUACCUGGUAAAACUCAGUUAAUUGCUGGAAAAUAUCCUGACACAUACGGUUAUGAAUCCGAUCGAGAUCCAUACGUUACAAAUACGCAAAACAAUGCCGGAUAUUCUACGCAACCUGGAUUGCCUACUUCUACUAUACAACAACAACCAGGGAGUAUCUACCCAUCGAAACAAGUUGCUCCAGUAGUUGAUUCUGGAGUAGGAACACCUCAAUCACAUGGAAACACACAAAACUUACCUGAUGCACCUCAAUUAGUUGCAGGGAAAUAUCCUGAUGCAUACGGUUAUGAAACCGAUCCUGAUUCGUACAUUACGGAUACACCAAAUGUGAACGGUUAUUCAACGCGUCCUGGAUUGCCUACUACAACCACACAACUACAAACUGGGAGUGAUUCUGGAGUAGGAACACCUCAAUCGCAAGAAGGCACACACAAAUUACCUGGUAAAACUCAAUUAAUUGCUGGAGUAUUACAUGAUAUAUAUGGUUAUAAAACUGAACCUGAUUCUUACCUUACAGAUACGCAAAACAAUGACAGAUAUUCAACUCAACCUGGAUUGCCUAUUUCUGGGGUGGGAAUGCCUCAAUCGCAUGGAAACACAAAAAACAUACUUGAUGCACCUCAAUUAGUUGCAGGGAAAUAUCCUAAUGCAUACGGUUAUGAAUCUGAUCCUGAUCCAUACGUUAUAGAUACGCAAAACAAUUAUGGAUAUUCAACUCAGCCUGGAUUGCCUACUUCUACUUCACAACAACAACCAGGGAGUAUCUACCCAUCGAAACAAGUUGCGCCAGUAGUUGAUUCUGGAGUAGGAACACCUCAGUCGCAAGAAAGGACACAAAAAUUACCUGGUAUAACUCAAUUAAUUGCAAGGAAAUAUCCUGACCCAUACGGCUAUGAAAACGAUCCUGAUUCGUACAUUACGGAUACACCAAAUGUGGACGGUUAUUCAACGCGACCUGGAUUGCCUACUACAACCACACAACUACAAACUGGGAGUGAUUCUGGAGUAGAAACACUUCAAUCGCAAGAAGGCACGCAAAAAUUACCUAGUAAAACUCAAUUAAUUGCUGGAAAAUUACAUUAUAUAUAUGGUUAUAACACUGAACCUGACAGAUAUUCAACCCAACCUGGAUUGCCUACUUCUGGGGUGGGAAUACCUCAAUCGCAUGGAAACACAAAAAUGCUACUUGAUGCACUUCAAUUAGUUGCAGGGAAAUAUCCUGAUGCAUACGGUUAUGAAUCCGAUCCUGAUCCAUACGUUACAGAUACGCAAAAUAAUGAUGGAUACUCAACUCAACCUGGAUUGCCUACUUCUACUACACAACAAAGACCAGGCAAUGGCUACACAUCGAAACAAGUUGCUCCAGUAGUUGAUUCUGGAGUAGGAACACCUCAAUCGCAAGACGGCACAGAAAUAUUACCUGGUAAAACUCAGUUAAUUGCUGGAAAAUAUCCUGACACAUACGGUUAUGAAUCCGAUCGUGAUCCAUACGUUACAGAUACGCAAAACAAUGCCGGAUAUUCUACGCAACCUGGAUUGCCUACUACUAAUAAACAACAAAAACCUGGCAAUGGCUACUCAUCGAAACAAGUUGCUCCAGUAGUUGAUUCUGGAGUAGGAACACCUCAAUCGCAAGACGGCACUCAAAUAUUAUCUGGUAAAACCCAAUUAAUUGCUGGAAAAUAUCCUGACACAUACGGUUAUGAAACCGAUCCUGAUUCAUACGUUACGAAUACACCAAACGUGAACGGUUAUUCCACGCGACCUACAUUGCCUUCUACAACCACACAACUACCACCAGGAAGUGUAUACCCUUCGAUACACGAUGCUCGAGUGGUUGAUUCUGUAGUAGGCCUAUCCGAGUCACAAUUAAGCACACAGAAUCAUCCUGGAGAACCUGUUAAAUUUUAUCAAUCUGGGUACCAAACCAACCCCUAUUUAUAUGUUACUCCUACUUCAAGUGUUGAAGGGUACCCUAGGAGACCUGCAUUGCCUGCUGAGGCAACACAAUCUAUCAAAGGAGUCGUCCACACACAAACAUAUGGCAAGCCGCUGGUUGGUGAUUCUAGAAUAGGAGUAACUGUGCCACGAGGUAGUACCCAAAGUCAGUCUGUUACACCUGAUUCAAUUAGUAUAAAAUCACUCUAUCCUUCAGAAAAUGAAUCAGAUCCUGAAUCAUACGUAACAAGUAGCUUAAGUGUUGAUGGGCACUCUCGGGAACCUGAACUUUCUUCAACGACAACACAACAUCCAGAGAGUGUAUAUCCAUCGUCAUAUGUUACUCGAGUAGUUGAUGAUUCUGGAAUCGACACGACUGAGCCACAAGAGGAAAAUGAAAACCCUCACACUUUUCUUGACUGGAACCAUCCUGAAACAUUGUCGGAUAGGACAGAAAAUAAUGAAAAUCCGGAGUAUUUUCAUAGACACAAUAAGCCCAGUUUGCCUGGAUCUAAGAAAAUAUUUAAUUAUUUCAAAGAAAAAUCACCAACACGCACUGCACACUUCGUUAAUAUGCCUCCGAGUUAUUAUAGGAACUCAGAUACAUCUUUACAAGAGUCGCACCAAGGCUUUGCAAAUACAGACCAACACAAUUUGAGAGAAUCCUCGAAUGGUGGAAAUCGUUCUCCGGAUUCAUCGUCUACCGCUUCUGAUAAUGAAGAAAGAAACGAAGAAUAUUCUGACGACAAUGUGGUGUCAUUCUACGACGGCUGCGUUAUGACAACUAGCCAGUUUAAAGAUAUUGUCGACAGUAUGAAAAUUCCGGAAGAGUGUGUGUUAACAGUGCCUCAUCUGUUCAGUGGACCUCUGGAUAAAUUCUCUCAUGUAAUGAAGAGUUUUCCUUCUAGCGUGAACAGCGAUGAGGGAUUUGUUCAGCUGCCCAGUGGUCUUUUGGUACCGUACCAUUGCUACGAUUACAUCACAUUUAUGCACCAGAGUGGUAGUGGUUCGGAACCGUCUGGUACACUGUUGUCGACAGGUGAAUAUAUAGACCCCACGACAGUAGCGAACAUUGUCGCUAGCGCAACUACUCCUCAUCAGAACUUCAUCAUCACAACCAAUAAUGAAGUUGUACCUUACGAAAUCUACAGCACUUACAUCGACAGUUUAUCACUCGAUGAUAAAAAACUUAUCAAAGUCUUGGUUCGUAACCUAAAAGUCCCCAUACCCUACUUAAUAUUCAAGGAAAUUUACGAUAAGUAUACAAGUGAAUCAGGUUAUAACGAAUCCAGUGAAGAUAAGGUGAAAUUAAUAGGUUCGGACACAGAAAUAACACUGAAGGAGUUUUUGUCAGUCAUAAGUAAUUUAUACGUUCUAAACCAAGCUACUGUUACCUUACCUAGUAAGAGUACAAUGUCUUUAACAAGUUUUAUACAACUCUCAAGAAUUUUGGGAGAAGAAUAUACGAAGCAUUGUUUGGUAAAUAUUCCAAAUACUGAUUACAGCAUUCCAUUUUUAGUAUUUAAGGAAAUUUACAGUACAUACUUUAACAAAAAUAGUCCUAACCUGAGUAAGGAUACAAACGUAAAUUUGAAAUUAAGUGUUUCAGAUGAAUAUCCUCAUUCUUCUGAUGUUGAAGUUUUUAAUUUGGAUAGAGAUAUCACGAUCGAAAACCAAUCUAGUCCUUCGAAAUCUUGCCGCAACACACGGCAUAACACAGAGCAGCGAACACCCAACGAAAAGGAAGUACAGUUUGUUCCUGAUAAACAGCAUACUUAUUCAGAAUUCAGGAAUAAUUGCUAAUUGCUACUCCUGCCCUUCAUAAUAUUCUUCUUCAACGCGACAUUGCAAUUAUAACUUUAGUGAAUCUUGACGAUGCUUUUAAAGAGAUUUUGUAAAAAAACUAAAUAUAUUAAUCGCGCUAGAAAAUUGGUUUGGUUCUGAAAAUGUAAUCCACAAGAUGAGUGUUAAGCAGGAAUAAAAGUGUUACGUUACUU